CAUGGAGGCCGAGUGCUGGGUGCUGGGCGGCGAGUUUGAGGACUCGGUGUUCGAGGAGAGGCCGGAGCGGCGGCCCGGGCCGCCCGCGCCCUACGCCGCCAAGCGCUGCGAGCCGCAGUGGUUUGAUGAAGAAAGAGAGAGCAGCGACGAGGUCGAAGCUGUGACUGUGAAGAAAUUCAAAGGGGACCUGGCCUACAGGCGGCAGGAGUAUCAGAAGGCACUGGAGGAAUACUCCUAUAUCUCUGAAAAAUUGUCACCUACCAAUUUUGCCAUGAAAAGGGAUGUCCAAGAAGGCCAGGCCCGGUGUCUGGCUCACCUAGGGAGACAUGUGGAAGCAUUGGAGAUUGCUGCAAACUUGGAAAAGAAAGCAACUAACACAGACCAUCUGACCACUGUGCUCCACCUCCAGUUUGCUGUUUGUUCAAGUUUGCAGAAUGUGGAAAAAAUGAUACUGUACCUGCAAAGGCUGAUCUCCUUGCAUCCUUUGGACCCUUGGAGCUGGGGCCGACUGGCAGAGGCUUACUUGAGUCUGGAGCCAGCAUGCUCAGCAUCAUUUGCGCCAUCUCAGGGACAGAACGGUUGCACCUCAAAUGACAAAGCUAUUGAAUGCUCCUUUCCCCACCCAGGGAAAGACUGUCCUUUGUGUUUCCCUGAAACUUUGCCUGAGAGCUCAGUGUUUUCCAUGGAAGCAAGUGGCAGUAAUAACCAGAAGGCCAAGAAAGCACCUAAAAAUACUCAGAACUGGAUGGCAGGCAGGAGAGAAGCGGUAUGGAGGGAGACCCAGAUGAAAGCUUGUGCCUCUCUGAUUCGAACCAGGCUUCUGCUUCAGCUCACCCAGUCUCAGCAAACAUCAUUUGCUUUGGAGAAGAACUUAAGGACUCAGCAGGAAAUUGAAGAUAAAAUGAAGGGAUUCUGCUUCAAGGAAGACACUUUGCUGUUCUUCACUGAGGUUAUGGGAGAAGACAUCGUCCCGGAAAGAAUCAAAGACGAAGUUCACUCGGAGGUGAAGUGUGUGGGCCCUGCGGCCUUGGCUGCCUUGGUGACUGCAUCCUCCCGAGAAUUUGAAGACAAGUGGUUUAGAAAGAUCAAAGACCGUCUCUGUCCUUUGGAAGAUCAGUUCCACACAGAGAUACCAAUCUUGGCUUAGAAGACCAUUUAAAAACAAAAACAUCUUGCUGUGUAUCAGUGUCCUCGUUUACUUCAGACAAGAUCUCCAGCAUAAUCAUAGAAAACUGAAAUAAAGAUUUUUUUUUUUUUUUAUAAAAAUGGCUUAUUUCCUGGACUAUUCCAAGUG